AUGUCCGAUACACAUUCGCGACAUAAUGAGCUUGGCUCCCACUCGCCGAGUACUGCUGCCAUCCAGCGCGCCGAGUCAACCCGCGAUUUGUCCGAUCCCGAGGGAAAACCGGUCAAGACGUUUGACAAGGCCGUUGAAAUCGCCGAAAAGGAUCAAUCCGGAAAUCGGGACGCCUCGAUCGAUGGGGGUUCUAUGAAGCCGACCUAUGACCACACGCGACGAAAGUUGAAACCUCGCCAUCUGCAAUUGAUUGGCAUUGGAGGAACUAUAGGCACAGCGUUGUAUGUGCAAAUUGGCAACAAUCUUCGCACGAGUGGACCUGCAAGUUUGUUUCUUGGGUUUAGUCUUUGGAGUUGCAUUAUCUUGAUCAUAACCGUUUGCCUGGCAGAGAUGGUCACGUACCUACCCAUCUCCUCACCUUUCAUCCGAUUUGCCGGCCGCUAUGUCGAUGAAGCUCUCGGCGUCGCAGCAGGCUACAACUUCUUCAUCUUCGAAGCUGCUCUCGUGCCCUUUGAAAUCGUGGCAGUCAGUUUGAUUGUCAAUUACUGGACCAGCGCGAUCCCAGUCGCAGCGAUGAACGUUAUCGUUCUUGCCCUAUACACAGCUUUAAACGUUUUCGCUGUCAAGUGGUACGGCGAAGCAGAAUUCUGGCUAUCACUCGGCAAAGUCCUACUCAGCAUCGGCCUCAUCUUCUACACCUUCAUUGUCAUGCUCGGAGGUAAUCCGCUAGGUGACCGGUUCGGAUUCAGAUACUGGAACGAACCUGGUGCUUUUGCCGAAUACUAUAAAACCGGAGAUACGGGCAAGUUCCUUGGCUUUUUGUCUGCACUCAUUGCGGCCAGUUUCACUAUUGCUGGUCCGGACUACGUGUCCAUGGCUGCAGGUGAGACGAUCAACCCGCGCGUUGUUCUACCCAAGGCAUACAAUGGGGUGUUCUACCGUCUCACGGCGUUUUUCGUGCUCGGUGUUCUAUGCGUUGGUAUCCUGGUCCCGUAUAACGACGAGACUAUGGCCGAGGCAUUUGACAACGAUAAGCCUGGUGCGGCCGCCUCGCCGUAUGUGAUCUCCAUGGAUAGAUUGCAUAUCCCGAUCCUACCGCACAUUGUCAAUGCGGUUGUUCUUACUGCUUCGUUUAGCGCGGGCAAUAGUUAUGUGUACUGCGCCAGCCGCAGUUUAUACGGUCUCGCACUCGAGGGAAAGGCGCCGCUGUUUUUGACGAAAUGCACAAAGAAGGGCGUGCCGAUUUACUGUGUUGCUGCGGUCCUGUUGAUUGCUCUGUUGAGCUUCCUUCAGGUAUCCAAUGGUGCAUCCGUGGUGUUGAACUGGUUUGUCAAUCUUGUUACUGCUUCGCAGCUCAUCAACUUCUCUGUCGUCACGUUCACGUAUAUCCGGUUCAAGAAGGCUCUCGAUGCACAAGGUAUCUCGCGCAGCACCCUGCCAUAUCGCAGCUGGUUCCAACCAUAUAUUGCAUAUAUCGCCUGCACGGCGACUACGAUUAUGGCCUUUGUUGGUGGCUAUACCGUCUUCUUGCCGGGCAAAUGGUCGAUUCCCACGUUCCUCUUCUCAUACACGAUGAUCGGCUUAUUCCCUGUUCUUUACUUUGGGUGGAAGAUCUUCCACAGGACCAAGUUUUUGAAGCCGGAGGAAGUUGAUUUGGUUUCUGGCUUGGCAGAGAUUGAGGAGUAUACGAGGGAUUUUACUCCUGUCCCACCCAAGAGUAUUGUGCACAAAUAUGUUAGCAUGCUGUUCGAGUAA